GACACAACCUUCGACAUCUUGCGCCCACGUCCGAUCCAGCUCACGAAGACACCCCACACGCUUCUCACCAUGGCGCAAGUGAAGCCGGAGAUCAAGGUGGAGGACACGAAGCACAUUGGCGACGUCGACGAGUUCGAGGAGGACACCGACUUGCAGAUACCCAGAGGCGGAAAUGCGUGGCUGCUCAAGGUCUCUGAGGACAUGUGGAAGACGUGGAGCGAGAUCCACAAGAAUGCAGCAGAAGGGGAACAGGUCACUGUGGGCCAUCUCCGUGUGUUCCAUGCACCGCAGAAGAAUGGGAAGCAAAAGAUCCAAAUUCGCCUGGACGAUGCCUUGCCGCAGCAGAAGUCGAUACCCAAGAUGUACAAUCUGGACCUGAAGAGCGAUCGUUACAACAACACAGUCAUCUUCUCCGAGAAGGAUCUUCCAGGUCACAACAGCAAUGUCCGUCCGAACCGCCCACCACCAGGUCAGCGACCCGGCGGCAUCAACAAGUUUGAUCGCUACAACAACCAGCAACCGCGCAAGCCUGGCUCUUACCGAACAGCGAUUCCGAAACAAACUGCACUGGCGCCCAAGGUCGUUAAUGAGGCCGACAUGCAUCCGGUGGAGGACAAGACCAGUCUGGACCAUUUCGCGAAGACAUAUCAAGCCGCCCUACACGCCGGCAAGAAGACUCAAAUCGUCACAGACGCACGCAUCAAACAUCCCGGUACAGAUCGCGACUCUUUCAAAUUCGGCACUCUCACCUCGAAAGUGGGUGCUGGCAACAGGAAGAAGCCAGUCAAGGAGAAGGCCGUUCGUAUGGAGAAGGCUGCCUUACUCGACGCGCUCAAGAACUGCUUUAAGGAGUACUCGUACUGGUCUCUCAAGGCCUUGCGCCAGAGACUACGGCAGCCGGAAGCUUACAUCAAAGAGACUUUGGACGAUAUCGCUACGCUUAUGAGGCAAGGAGACUUUGUGCAGACGUACAAGCUCAAGCCUGAGUAUCGCGCACUGUUGGACGAAGAAGGCGUGGUCGUCAAGGAAGAGUCAGCUGCGGCGAAGAUGGAGACGACGGACGAGGGCACGGGCGACGAGAUGGAUGAGGAUGAGGAGUUUGAGGAUGUGAAGAUGGAGUAGUGGGCAAGGCGGCGCAUGAAGGUGUCAGAAGCGCGCGUCGUCCGAGAGACGCCAGUUGAGAUUGAUUCGGCCAUGGAGACAGGCUGUGAUGAAUUGCAUUGAAAAGCACCAGCGUGCUACGAGUAUUAGAAUGUAACAGUAGGUCAAAUCGCGCUCUGCGCCAAUAUUGACAUGAUCGAGC